UGCUAUGCCUUAAACUGUGUAAAUAGGAAAAAGAUUUGCCUUAAGAAAUUAAACCAAGUCGACAAAUAAAGCCUACCUUUAAUCAACAAAAGCGUUAUCAAAUGUACGCUGUCGAGGCCUACACAAGUAUUUUAACUAUUUGAUGUUUUUUUUAUACCAUGUGUUAUCACUCCUACUCUAAACCCAUCAUGCAUCUCGCUCUAACGCCGCUGGUAAUGUCAAACUAACAUCGUUACAGUCGUAGAGAGACGCGCGAUGGUCGGCCGCCAAAACUCCGUAGCUAUCGGUAAAAUGAACGCGCCGAUACCCAAGACACCGCUCCAAAUCCAAAUUUAAAAAUAAUUCCGAACUUUUGUUUUUAAUUUAUAGUUUUAUUAUAGUGCAAUAAGAAUGAGUGCCAGUCCAACGAAGGAUGGAGACCGACUUCAAUUCACAGCUGAAUUACCAACUGGGGAGGAUUUAUAUGAGUUGCUCCCCCAAGACCUAAGGUAUAAGGACCCGAAGUCGAAGUAUGACGCUCUGUACCCUGAGAUUGAGGAGGUGCUGGGCCCCACUCAGAACUUCGAGCCGUGCACUCUAGUGUGGCGCGACCUCACCGUGCAUGUCAAACUCAAGGAUGGGAAACAGAAGAGGCUCGUCAAUAAUGUGAGUGGCAUCGCGAAGCCUGGGACCAUGACGGCUUUGAUGGGACCAAGUGGUGCAGGCAAAACCACACUCAUGACCGCACUAGCACAUCGUAGUCCAGUGGGUACAAUAGUGGAUGGCGACAUCGCAAUGAAUGGGACUCCUCUCGGAGACUUCAUGCACCAGGAGAGCGGGUACAUGCAUCAAGAUGACCUGUUUGUGGACAACCUCACUGUUAUUGAACACCUGACUAUCAUGGCCCGCUUACGCAUGGAUGGUCGCACUUCAUCCUUAGCCCGCAAGAGACGAGUCAACCAGCUGUUAAGACAGCUGUCCUUGUACGGAUCCAGGUUCACUCUGAUCGGGGGUCUCGAUGGACGAAAGACGUUGUCUGGUGGAGAAAGGAAGAGGCUGGCGUUUGCGACUGAGCUUCUAACAGACCCCGGCCUUCUGUUUUGCGACGAGCCCACAACCGGCCUGGACUCAUCAUCAGCUCACCAGAUGAUGAGCUUGCUGAGGGCGAGUGCCGCGCAGGGCAAGACGGUGAUUUGCACCAUACACCAGCCCAACACAGAACUGAUGGCGCAGUUUGAUAAGCUGGUGCUGCUGGCUGAGGGGAGGGUGGCCUUCGCGGGCACAUCCACGCAAGCCUUGGAAUUUUUUAAAAGUCUGGGUUACCAUUGCCCCCUCAUGUACAACCCUACAGACUACUUCAUCAAGGUGUUGUCCUUGACUCCUGGCUCCGAGUCGGCCUCACGCCAGGCCAUCAAGAACGUCUGCGACAGGUUCGCAGUCAGCGAUGCCGCCAAAGAACUAGACAUGGAAAUACAUUUGGAGUUCCAUUUGAUGGAUAACGAGGGUUCAAUACGAGCGGCACAGCGAGAACCACAUGACACGUUCCAGCCACCGUUCUUCCUCACGAAACUGUGGUGGUUAAUAUACAGAUACCUGCUCAUAGUCAUCAGGGAUCCACGGGUGCAGUUUGUAAGGAUAAUACAGAAACUGGCAAUAGCAUUAACAGCAGGAUUGUGCUUCAUGGGCACCGCUCGCCUAACUCAAUCAGGCAUCCAGGAUGUUCAGGGAGCGCUGUUCAUCAUCAUCGCGGAGAAUACUUUCAGCCCGAUGUACUCCGUCCUGCACAUGUUCCCUGAGGAGUUUCCACUCCUCAACAGAGAGCUGAAGGCUGGACUGUAUUCAGCACCUAUUUAUUAUACGGCGAAGAUGGUGGCUUUGCUGCCCGGCUUGGUAGUAGAGCCAACACUAUUCACUCUAGUGGUGUACUGGAUAGCGGGACUGAGAGGAUCUCUCUACGCGUUUGGGUUCACAGUAUUCCUGGCGAUAUUGGUGCUGAAUGUGGCUAUAGCCUGCGGUUCGUUCUUCUCAUGUGUGUUUGGGUCGAUGCCGGUCGCUAUUGCGUAUCUAGUGCCCUUCGACUAUGCUCUCAUGAUGACCUCUGGCCUUUUCAUCAAGUUAAGUUCUAUGCCCAAAUACGUGUCAUGGAUCCGGUAUCUGUCCUGGCUGAUGUACUCCAACGAAGCGAUGUCCAUCGUACAGUGGGAUGGGGUCCAGAAUAUAAGUAAGUUUCAACCCUACUUACCAUAAUUCCACAUAUUCUAUAACAACAAUAAUGUAGUUGGUAGUGUCUGUUCGAUAAGAUGUAUUCAGAAUCAUUCUAUAAAUUCCUCGAUCACAAAUGUAUGUAACAAACCGGAUACAAGAAGAUGGUUUUCGUCUGAUGAAAUUUUGAGGUUAAAUAGAGUAAUGA